CUAAAUGGAACGGUUGAACCUCAAGGAAGAUCAAAACCUAACCUCUAGCCCAAAACGGUUCAAUAACAGUCCCCCGCCGCCUCAAGGUACAGCUUCGGAAACCCUACUAUUGCUCCGGUUACCUUUCUCCCGAUGGCCUACUCUCCCGCCACGGCAGGGCAGUACGCCGAUAAAAUCAGUGAAGCGGCGGUGAGGAAAUCCGUAAACGCCCUCAUCAAAUGGAAGAAACUCCGGUCCAAAACCACCGCAAAAGAGGCGGACGAGGAUCGAGACGAAGACGAUUUUAUCUACGCCGUCGUGACUCUGCGGAAACCCCCGCCCAAACACCGCUCGCCCGCUUCGAAUCCGAUCAAAAUCCCCCUCCCCCAUCCCCUCCGGAGCUUUUCCGACAUCUGCCUCUUCGUUGAUGACAAGCCCACCCUGGUUCACAAUUCCCGGACCACCCUCUCGUCCGAGGCAAUGCAGAAGAAGAUCAAAGCCCUAGGCGUCCCAAUAACCCGAGUUCUCAAGCUCUCCAAAAUCAAAUCCAAGUUCAAAUCUUUCGAGGCCAAGCGGGUCCUAUCCAAAUCGCACGACCUGUUUCUGGCUGAUAAGAGGGUGGUUCGCUUUCUUCCUGGUAUACUUGGGAAGCAAUUUUACAAGAACAGGAAGAGAGUCCCGGUGCCGGUGGAAUUGGAGGGAGACAGGAACUGGAAGGAGGAAAUUGAUGGGGCUUGUUGCUCCACUCUCUUGUGUUUCGGGACAGGGACUUGCAGUGCAGUCAAGGUUGGGAGAGUAACAAUGGAGAAUGGUGAAAUAGUGGACAAUGUUAUUGCUGCCAUAGACAGAAUAGCUUCUGUAGUUCCGAAGAAAUGGGCUGGAAUCAGGGCUCUUCACUUGAAGCUAUUGGACUCUGUGGCUCUACCCAUUUAUGAUCCGAUAUCCGACUCAAAUGCAUAGCCAUUGCUCGUCUGGUCUUCUUCUUCUGCUGAAGAUGAUGAUUCUUGCUGCAAUUUAUGCAAGUAAGUUGCAUUUGGAUGUUGUUUGUUGUCUCAUUGUCAUGGAAAUAGAUCAGUUUUGGUGUCGGUUAUACUGCAUACGAUAGUUCAGCACUUCAACUGAUGUCUUUUUGUGCUUAUUAUAGUCUGGGUUUUGGAAUGAAAAACUGAAAUGAAGUGCGUUGAGUUUAGUUUUGAUUGAAAUGUAUGGAAAUGGGUAGAACCAAAAUGGCAGAAUGUACUCAAUUGGACUGAACU